AUGAAGUUUGACGAGGUUCUGUUGCACCUGGGAGAAUUUGGACGGUAUCAAAAGAGAUUGUACUUUGUAUUAUGUAUACUCACGUUUAUGGUGGCCAUGCAGAGCCAGGUAGUUAUAUUCCAGCUGGAUACACCAAAUCAUCGAAGGGCAGUAAUGAGUCAGAGUUGGAUGCCUGAGGACCCUUCGGGACUUCAAACCAAGCGACAUGGGACGGUCAUGGUUGACAAAUGUUUCUUCACAAACCAUUCAUUGAGGGCAACAUGUACAACACGACUAUUCAACAACGGGGUGGAUGAGCAGUUGAUCGCACGAACCAGUCGGCACAGAAACAAUGCAGUCGGGGAGUACAAACGUGCUAGCGAGCAACAAGAAGAGAUGGUGGGCAACCUCCUAAGCCACAGAAGAAAACGAUUCGGACGACGUCCCCUCGUUUUGAUCAGUUCAGUGGUCAAGGCGAUUGUCACCAUCAGCAUGGCCUUUGUCCCCAACGUGUACGUGUACAUGGCGUUCAGGGCGCUGGCGAGUGUGUGUGGGAUAGCUGCCUUCACAAGUUCUCUUGUUCUGAUGAUGGAACUGACAGGACCUUCCAGGAGAGUGUUUGUGGGAGUCGUCGUGGAGAUAUUUUGGUGCUUCAGUCAGUUUACCUUGGGUCUUAUUGCCUACUUUGUCCGCAAUUGGCAAACUCUCCAGCUCAUCACAGCUUUUCCGUUAGUUCCGGAAUCCCCUCGAUGGCUGAUAGCACGUGGUCGCAUACCGGAGGCUCAAACAACAAUACAGAAGAUGGCUUCUGUGAAUGGUGUCGAAUUUACUGAAGAGAUGGCGGAGAACAUUACAGUUGUCAACGAGAAGCAGAAGACCGUGAGGGUGACGCAGAUGUUCAGCACGCCGUACUUGCUGUUCAUCACGCUCAUCAUCUUCUUCAACUGGUUUGUGGCAAGUCUGGCUUACUAUGGUUUGAACCUGAACGUCCAAAACCUCAGUGGCAACAUCUACCUCAACUUCACCAUUUCCAAUACUGUUGAGUUGGUGUCGUAUAUUACAUGUAUGUUGCUGCUGGACCGACUUGGAAGGAAGUUCGUACAGAGUGGCUGUCUUCUCCUCGGCGGAAUAGCUUGUGUAUGUACAAUGUUCCCAGUCAUCUAUGGAAACUCGGACUGGAUGACAGUCGUACUAGCCAUGAUCGGUAAGUUGGGUGCAUCGGGAAUAUUUGCUACUGUGUACGUUUACACAACGGAGUUGUUCCCUACUGUGAUAAGAAACUCGGGUCUGGGAGUCAGCUCCUUCUUUGCCAGGAUCGGUGGGAUGGUCUCCCCUUAUAUUGCAGAUCUGGGUGUAUUACUUGGCGGUGACAUGAAGGUGGCGCUGCCUCUCAUCGUUUUCGGAGGUCUGUCAAUUGCCGCGGGUCUGUUGACACUGUUCCUACCAGAGACAUUGAAAAGGAGGCUUCCUGAAACUAUAGAGGACGCCAAGAAUAUGCGAAAGAAAUGUACUAAGACGAAGAGUGAGCGGCAUGAUAAAACCACGGAUGUCGAAAUGGAGAGCUUCCAACGUAUGACAUGUCGUCUGGAACCAUCCGAAGAAAUCUAA